GGAGAUUUCUCAGACAGGUGUGAGAAAGAAGCGCAUUCUGGGCUAAUCAGCGAGAUAAACUCAUCUGCUAUCAGAGUUGGUUUCUGGAGAAGAUAAUCUUAUAUAAGCAAUGAACGAUCCCAAUCAGCAGUACUACGGAGGACAGCCUGGCUAUCCGCCGCAACCUGGCUUCAAUCCCGGCUACCCGCCAGCCUCGGGCUAUCCACAGCCCGGCUAUGCUCAGCCCGGAUACCCUCCGCAGGGCGGUUAUCCGCCGCAAGGCGGAGGCUAUCCGCCACAGGGCGGCUAUGGACCUCAGCCCGGCUUCGCCAAUCCCAUGCCGCCCGGCCAGGGCGCGCCGUACGGCUACGUGCCGCCGCAGAACCCCGGCGGAUAUGGAGCCACGGAAGAUCCAGAGGAUCCGGAAGUGAAGGGCUUCGGCUUCACAGAUGAGUCCAUUCGCAAGGGAUUCAUCCGCAAGGUCUACUCAAUUCUGAUGGCUCAAUUAUGCGUCAGCUUGGGCUUCAUUGCGCUCUUCCUGUACCACAAGCCAACCGCGAAUUGGGUGCGAUCGCAUCCGGAAAUGUGGUGGAUCGCCUUGAUCUUGCUCUUUGUCACUCUGAUCGCGAUGGCGUGCUGCACGAACGUGCGUCGAAAGGCACCGAUGAACUUCAUAUUCCUGGGUCUCUUCACGCUAGCGCAAUCCUUCAUGCUGGGCGUCAUGGCGAGCAACUUCCGCUCCGAAGAGGUCUUGCUAGCGGUGGGCAUCACGGCGGCCGUGUGCCUCGGUUUGACGCUGUUCGCGUUCCAGACGCGCUGGGAUUUCACGGUGAUGGGCGGCGUGCUGUUUGUGGCUGUGAUCGUGCUCAUGAUCUUCGGCAUCAUUGCGAUCUUCGUGCCGGGAAAAACAAUGACGCUGAUCUAUGCAUCACUCGGAGCGCUCAUAUUCAGUGUCUACCUGAUCUACGACACGCAACUGAUGAUGGGCGGGAAGCACAAGUACUCAAUCAGUCCGGAAGAAUACAUCUUCGCCGCACUCAAUCUGUACUUGGACAUUGUCAAUAUCUUCAUGUACAUUCUGGCCAUCAUUGGAGCCUCGCGCGACUAAAUUCUCCUCUCACUUCAUGACUAUUCUCAAUCUUCUGUUAGUAAGUUAUAAAUCAGGAUAUUUUAUUCUUUCUUCAUUUCCAAUGUCCACACAGAUUGUCUCUCAGGAUACUAGAAGUAUUUUGCUUCGUUUCGCGUUACUUAUAAGGGUGAGAAAAUUACUAUAAUAAUUGCUAAUUCGUCCAAAACCUUGUCUAGUAUCUUAUACGCAUAAAAAGGAAAGAAGUUUACAAUGAAUAGUCAAUAAAUUUCCCACACAAUGAAAA